GGCCCCCGCGCAUGGGGGGGCCGCCCCGGACAUGCCCUUCUCGCCGCUCGGCUUCGCUCUCCUGCUGCUGGCGGCCGCGGGAAGGUCCCUCCCGGCGAGGCGGAGUUCAGAUGGGUCUCUAUCUGAAGUUAUGCAGAAGUGGAAGGAGUACCAGCUCCAAUGCCAAAAAUACUUAUAUGAGACACCCCCUAUUGUUUCAGAAGGCAAGUUUUGCAACAGAACAUUUGAUGACUAUGCCUGCUGGCCAGAUGGACUGCCUGGCACCUAUGUGAAUGUCAGCUGCCCCUGGUAUCUUCCCUGGGCUAAUGCAGUGCUGCAUGGGCAGGUGUACCGGUUCUGCACCUUGGAGGGGACAUGGCUGCUGAAGGAGAAUUCAACUCUGCCCUGGAGGAACCUGUCUGAAUGUGAGUCCUCUGACCAGGAUGCACCAGAAGAACAGCUCCUGAAUUUGUCCAUCAUAUACACCAUUGGAUAUGCUCUUUCCUUCUCUGCCCUUGUAAUAGCAACUGCCAUUCUUCUUGGAUUCAGACAUCUGCAUUGCACAAGGAAUUACAUUCACCUGAAUCUCUUCACCUCUUUCAUCCUCCGAGCUAUAUCUGUUUUCAUUAAAGAUUCAGUGGUGAAGUGGAUGUACAGCACAGCCACACAAGAGCACCAGUGGGAAGGACUUAUUGCCUUCCAGGAAUCACUCAGCUGCCGGUUGGUCUUUGUGAUGAUGCAGUAUUGUGUGGCUGCAAACUACUACUGGUUGCUGGUGGAAGGCAUGUACCUUUACACACUGCUGGUACUUUCGGUCUUCUCUGAGCAAAGGAUUUUUCGGCUUUAUCUCUGCAUUGGCUGGGGUGUGCCAAUGCUGUUUGUUAUCCUCUGGGGAACUGUCAAGUACCUUUAUGAAGAUGAAGGUUGCUGGACCAGAAACUAUAACAUGAAUUACUGGCUGAUCAUCAGACUGCCCAUUCUCAUUGCCAUUGGGGUAAAUUUCCUCAUCUUUAUCAGAGUUAUAUGCAUCAUCAUCUCCAAACUACAGGCUAAUUUGAUGUGCAAAACUGACAUAAAAUGCAGGUGGAGAAAAAGAUACGCAGGAAGACAUCACAGGCUGGCCAAGUCUACGUUGACUCUGAUCCCACUGCUGGGGACCCAUGAGGUCAUCUUUGCCUUUAUUACGGAUGAGCAUGCCAGAGGGAUGCUGCGCUUUGUGAAGCUUUUUACUGAACUCUCCUUUGCUUCAUUCCAGGGGCUGAUGGUUGCAAUUCUUUACUGUUUCAUCAAUAAUGAGGUUCAGAUGGAGUUUCGGAAAAGCUGGGAGCGCUGGAGAUUAGAACAUUUGUAUGUCCAGAGAGACAGCAGUAUGAAACCUCUGAAAUGUCCAGCCAACAGCAUCAGUAGCGGAGGCACGGUAGGCAGUAGUGUCUAUGCUGCCACUUGUCAGGCCACAUUCAGCUGAGAUUUCUGCAGGUGAAUCAGACUGAGAACAAUGAACUGUAUGAUAUACCUGAAAACCCUUAAAUACCCAAGCAAGUGGCUUAAGUAUGCCAUCUCCAGCAAGAAACUUAAGCAUAUGCUGCUCAUUGCCUGCAGGCUGUUGGACAAAGGUUUCUAGCGAAAGCAAUCUGCUAAUGUAAUCAACACAUCAGAGGAAAAAUUGAUCACGUCUAAAGUAAGUUAAAAGAGUUUCCUCCUAUUUGCACACAAGGCCUCCAGGUGUCCAAAACUUAAGCAUAGCAUUGAUCCAGUCUGAAACCACAGGGUCAAUGGCUUAUUACUGUUGAGUGGGCGAGCUGAGUGAUUGACUGAUUAAAUUACAAGGAUACAGAAUAUGAUUAUUGCCAAAAAAUAUGUUUAGACUUUUAUGGGGACAGGGUAAGGUCACCAUUUAUAGAAAAAAAAUAAUUUAGUGGGACACAACUCAUGUUUUAGGGAAGAACCAGUUUUGUAGUAGGAGUUUCCCAAAGUUAAAGUUGAAAAUAUGCUAACCUUUUUUCUGUGUAGGUGAAGGACAGCAUCCUGAAGGUUUAUCAAUUUACAGCAGGUAGUUUGGUGAACACUUGAACACUUCUGAAUGCUCUUUUUAAGCUUCACUUGCAAAAAAAAAAAAAAAAAAAA